AGUAUCACUUUUUGAAGAUGUUCAGCGCUCUUUUUCUGUUAGCUCUAGUGGUUUUGACCGUUAACGGGUUCGAUAGGAAAGUACACAGUUUCGCUUCGGAUGAUGAUUUGAGUAUUGAACAUCUAAAAGAUCAUUACGGGAACAAGAUUGAAAUCGAAAAGCACACAUCAUCGAAAGAUCGAAAGUUUUAUUAUUUUAAAGUUGGUGACACCAAUCAGGAUAAUCAUUUGGAUGGUGUUGAACUCUUCAAAAUGAUAACGGAACACUCGGAUGAGAAAACUAAAAUGGAUGUAGAGAUGAUUGAAGUACAAGCUGAUCUAGUUCUCAGCGAACUCGAUAAAAAUGGAGAUGGGAUGAUCAGUUUCAGCGAAUAUUCAAAGAAGUUCUCAUAGACUCGAAUAUUGCUUUUUAAUUUUACUCUAUAAAUUAACUUUCUACCUAUUUUUGUGAUUAUUUUUAGAUUUUAAUAAAAAUUUAAAAAA